CGCCUAUAAUAAAGAUGGCGUCCAAUGAGGAGGUAGUUCAACGCGUUCUUCGGAAAAUGAGACGUGUACUGUUAGAAGAAAUGCCGGAGCCUAGAGAUCUUAUUGAAGAUGAGAGGUUUGGUCGUUGUAUUAGCGGCUAUGAGAAGACUGAAGUGGCUAGUCUGAAGGAUUUUACUGAAAGGGUUGAGAAAUUCAUAAAAUUUUUGGAAUGGAAAGGACCCGACUUCUUUGAAUCCUUUUUAAAAGUUUUACGAGACUAUAGGCCGUCACUGGAAAAAAAAUUGAGAGAAGAAAGAGACUCGAUUGAGAGAGAAAUGAGAUUUAAAGAUAUUAAUAAUCAUCACAAAGGAGCUGCCAAUGGAAAAGAUGGAAUGGACGAAGCUGGCACAACUAGUUUUAAUGAUUGUGGCCCGGGUCCUUCAUACCACAUCAGUCACAUAAGCUAUUCCGGCGUUCAGCUUCUCGCUGAUAACCUAAACGACUCUAAAACAUUCAAGGAUUUCUGUCAAGCUAUGAGAGUCGAUAGAGACUUGAUAGUGAUAUCGCAGCGUUCGUUAAACCCCACGGCUUGCCUCCUCCAGGAAAUGCAUGGCGACUCUGAAGCCACAAUGGAAAGACUCUCUGAAGCAUUAGGGAGUAUUGGUAAAGGAGAACUUUAUUCGUCUCUUUUGCAAUUAAUGAACUAAUAAUUUAUUAUUAUUAUUAUUAUGUGUGGGUUUUUGUGUCUAAAAUUAUCAAUCAAUUUAA